AUGUCACUGAGAGCAAUCAUCGAAGUCAUAGUCCAGCUUGAAAGUUUUCGCAACAUUGAUCUUUACCAGCAAGGUCUUUAUUAUUUAAACUUUCGUUUAUAUCACAUCUCUCGCGGCUACAAGCUGCCGGCCUCUCCAUACAAUUUUCAUACAUAUGAAGAAUCAUCAGUACUGAAAGACCUUUAUAGAGUUUUUCCAGCUCAGAUAGAAGACACAAGUUUCAGAUCACGUUGCUUUCUGAUCAAAUAUAGUGAUGAAGAAGUUGACAUUAAUGAUAUAUAAAUACCUGCAUUGACUAAUACAAUAAUUUUUGAAACCCACUGGUAUAUUUUUUAAGAAGAAAUAAUCCAUUACCUAUUUAUUUUAAAUUUUAUUUUAUACAAAGCUAUAGGAGUAUUUAGAACUGAAAUUGAGCUGUCCAAAGAUUAUCAAGAGCUUAAUAUGAUUUUUGAAGUGGAUUUAAUGUUUUAUGACUUGGAAGGAAGAAUAGAUGAAGACAAAAUUAAAGCAACCAUUAGAAACCCUCCAGAGUUUACCACAGCUUGCACAAUUCAAUUGAAUGUGACUGGAUCCCUGCAAGGAAUUAAUGCAUUUUAUCCUAUUGUGUUUGACGAAAAUCACUGCUGUGUUGCAAAUACAGCAUUUCAUGUAGUGCUCAUUGAUUUCAGAUUCAGGCCAAAUCCUUUGUUAAGUCCAGAAGAAGAAGCCCUAAAGAGAAAAGGCGAAAUCUUAACUGAUGUAGAAAUUAAUUUGCCAAAAACUUUAUCUCAGUAUAUGUUUAAAAACGCUACAGAGAUCACGCCAGAAUUAAUUGAUCAAGUCCAUGAUAUUUACAUAAAUCAAUUAAUCAUGGCUCAUGAAAAAAAUAGAAAAUUGAUGGAAGAAUGGAUUAAUUUUCAUAUCCCGUCAAAAAUUAAAAAUUCAAUCCCAAAGAUCCCAAACCCUUUAUCACAAAGGGAAGAAAACAGUGAUGGGGAUUCUACUAUAGGUACAAACGCAUCUAUGAAUUCUUUAUGAAGACUUCCUUUCAGUGAACGAGAAGAGUCUCGGGAUCCUGAAGCAGUCGCUGAAAAAAUUCUUAUGGAAAUCCAAGAAUUCGCAGGGCAAAUGUACUAUCUUGGUAUACAAUUUAUUGAUCUAAUAAAGGCCUCUCCAAAGCCUAUAUGCGCAAUGCUACAAUAUCAGUUUAACCAGAAACUUAAAGAUAGAUGGGGAGAAAGCAUUUUUAGGGAAGUCAAGAAGGUUGAAGAGUUUGCGUUAACAACAGACCAAAAAAUAGGAGAAAGCCACAGAGCUUUGUCAAGAACACUAAGAAAAACUCCAUAUUACAAGAAUUUAGAGCAGAUCCCUGUGAUGAAAACCAAUUUUUUCCCUCCACCUGAGUGGCAUCCAAUUGUAUUUCAAGAUAUAUAUACCAAGAUCACUGAAGAUGAGCAGACUGACAUGCAAGAUCCAUGGGAUCCUACUUGGAUAACCCCUAUGAAUGACCCAAGAAUCCAAAGAAAAGGGCUGCAUUUAAUAGUGCUAUGCCAUGGAUUCCAAGGGAACUCUUUUGAUGUCCGAACAAUAAGAAACCAAAUUGCAUUGCUCAGGCCUGACUGUGUAUUAAUGUGCUCUCAUAUGAACGAAGGUGAAACUGAAGGGGACAUAUUUGACAUGGGACAACGUCUAGCUCGAGAAGUCCUGAGCUAUAUAGAAGAAUGAUGCCCUGGGAAAAGCCUCCAUAAAGUGUCCUUUAUAGGCCAUUCUUUAGGAGGAGUUAUCAUUCGUGCAGCUUUGCCUCAUCUAGAGUCAAUUUCUGAAAAAAUGCAGUUUUUCUUGACUUUGUCCUCUCCACAUCUUGGAUAUAUGUAUAACUCUUCUAAGCUCGUAGAUGCUGGACUUUGAAUUCUUAAAAAAUGAAGAAAAUCGCAAUGCCUUAUGCAGCUGUCAAUGACUGAUGCACAAAAUCCAAGGGAUUCUUUUAUAUAUAAGCUCUCGCUUGAGCCUGGACUAGAGUGGUUUAAGCACAUUGCAUUGGUAAGCUCUUUUCAAGACUCUUAUGCGCCAUUUGAAUCAGCAAGAAUUGAAGUGGGUCCUAAGGCUGCAAAUGACCAAAGCAAAGGAGCCUUUUAUAUAGAAAUGGCUAACAAUAUUUUAUCAAAAAUUACCCUCAAAAAGUUAUAUCGAUUAGAUGUAAAUUUCAAAAUAAAAGGAAAAUCAAUUGACACCAUGAUAGGAAGAGCUGCACAUAUUUUGAUGCUGGAAAACGAGCCGCUUAUCCAAAUGAUCCUGUUUUGCUGUACGCAUUUCUUUGAGUUAAAUGAGUAG